AUGGACGAAUACAUGGAUUUUCGACCAUUGAAGUACACAGAGCACAAAACAUCAGUCACUAAAUACACCAAAAAGUCACCGGCAAAAAAUAUCUCCGGCGAAAAUCGUCCUGACCCAGUGAGAGUCGUUCGUGUCUGUGUAACCGAUCCUGACGCAACGGAUUCAUCAAGUGACGAAGAAGAAGACUUCCUCUUUCCUCGCCGGCGAGUCAGGAGAUUCGUUAACGAGAUCAAAGUCGAGCCAGGCUGCAACAACAUCAAUAUCACCGGAGUUUCAAUGAAGGAAAGGAAGCGACUCUCCGAUGAAACUCAAUCUCCGGCGUCGAACCGUCACCGUCCACUCAAGGUCUCCAUUUCUGCCGGCCAAAACGGAAGGAAGUUCCGCGGUGUUAGACAACGACCGUGGGGAAAAUGGGCGGCGGAGAUUCGAGAUCCGGAGCAACGUCGGAGGAUUUGGCUCGGGACUUUCGAAACGGCGGAGGAAGCCGCCGUGGUUUAUGAUAACGCUGCCAUUAGACUUCGUGGACCGGACGCUCUAACCAAUUUCUCUAUACCGCCUCAGUCUCAAGAAGAAGAAGAACCGGAAGAACUGGUUAUUGAUAAACCGGUUAGCAACAUUACUACUACUACAACAACAACAACCACAUCGAGUUGCGAAUCAACCGAAGACUUUCACCAUCUCUCGUCUCCUACAUCGGUUCUCAAUCUCCGAUCAUCCGAAGAAGUACAACAAAUACAACAGCCGUUUAAAUCAGCUAAACCGGAACCGGAAAUUUCAGAUGCACCAUGGUGGCAUACCGGGUUUAAUACCGGUUCAGGCGAAACAGACGAUUCGUUUCCGUUGGACACCCCGUUUCUCGACAACUAUUUCAACGAAUCGCCACCGGAGAUUUCAAUAUUCGAUCAACCAAUGGGUCAAGCGUUUUCGGAAAAUGAAGAUAUUAUCUUCAACGAUAUGUUCUUGGAUGAUCAAAGUAUGAACAUUGGAGAUGAGUUUUGUUCUUCCAGUAUCAAAGAUAUUGGUUCAUUGUUCAGUGAUUUCGAUGAUUCAUUGAUAUCAGAUCUAUUAGUCGUUUAA